CUUUCAAUACCACCUCUUUAUCUCUCCUUCUCUGCUGCAGAAGAGAUCCCACCAACAUGAAAUUCCUCAAGGCCAAAGCUGGUCUGCUGUCGUCCGGCAUCUGCCUUCUUGUCUCUGCACCCUUUGCCUCCGCAAGCUGCCCUCUUCCUUCUACCUACUCCUGGACCUCAACCGGAGCUCUCGCAACUCCGAAGUCGGGAUGGACCAGCCUGAAAGACUUCACUGAUGUUGUUUGGAAUGGCAAGCACAUCGUCUAUGCAUCAACCACCGAUACCAAAGGUAGCUACGGGUCGAUGACCUUCAGUCCAUUCUCCAACUGGGCGGACAUGGCUCAAGCCAGCCAAAUCGCCACGAGCUUCGGUGCCGUGGCCCCCACCUUGUUCUACUUCCAGCCCAAGAACAUCUGGGUGCUCGCCACCCAGUGGGGGUCCAGCACUUUCACCUACCGCACCUCCACCGACCCCACCAACGUCAACAGCUGGUCCGCAGAGCAGCCCCUAUUCUCGGGCCAGAUCGGUAGCGGAGAAAGUUCCGGCACGGGCGCCAUCGACCAGACCGUGAUCGGGGACGCCACAAACAUGUAUCUCUUCUUCGCCGGCGACAACGGCAAGAUCUACCGGGCCAGCAUGCCCAUCGGCAACUUCCCUGGGAACUUCGGCACGCAGUACGAGGUGGUGCUCAGUGGCGCCCGGAACGAUAUCUUCGAGGCGGUCCAGGUGUACACUGUCCAGGGCGGCCAGGGCCAGAGCAAGUACCUGAUGAUCGUCGAGGCGAUCGGCUCGACUGGGCGUCGGUACUUCCGGUCCUUCACGGCCAGCAGUCUCGGCGGGGCGUGGACGCCCCAGGCGGCCAGCGAGAACCAGCCCUUCGCGGGCAAGGCCAACAGUGGUGCCACCUGGACUCAGGACAUUAGUCACGGCGACUUAGUGCGCAACAACCCGGACCAGACGAUGACUGUCGAUCCUUGUAACCUCCAGUUGCUCUAUCAGGGCAAGGACCCCAACAGCAGUGGCGACUACAACACGCAACCGUGGCGGCCGGGUGUGCUCACUCUGAAGCACUGAAGGGGUCGGCUUGGAUGGAUUGACGGAUCAGACUUUCGGGAUGGGGACGAUGUGAGAUGUGAG